UCGCUCUCGAAAUGGACAAGGUCACCGGAGUGUUUGUUUCGCCACGUGUUUCACGUGAGCGAACCUUCGGGAUCCGUCUUUCCUAUAUGUCUGCGGGUACACGCGUUGGCUGGUUCGCCAUCCAACGGUUUAUCUCUACAGACGUCGCUGCGAUGUGCUUAUGUUUACGUACAGUAGCUAUAUGCUGACAUUAAUUGCUGGACGACUUGUGGCUCAGUAUUACAUCGAAACUGUUCUGGAACUGACUAUAUCUACAACUGACUGAUCUGCCAGCUAGGUGGAGAUCUGCAUCAGCUUGUGUCAAAGUGCAUGAGGCAGUGUGAGGGCAGACGAAGAACGGAACACCCCCCACUGAGGGACCCUGUUGAAAGGCCGUGGCAGUGAGCAUCAUGGUGGAGCUGGUAUCUGGCCAGGAGGGCGGCCUACUCCCCAAAACCCAAGAGUCACAGCGAUGGAGGUGGCCAGUGGCUCUGCUCUGCUUUUACGGCUUCAUGGUGCAACUAAAGCCUGGGGAGCCCUUCAUUACGCCCUACCUGCUCAGCCCUGAAAAGAACUUCACCCAGGAGCAGGUGACCAAUGAGAUCAACCCGGUGCUGUCCUACUCCUAUAUGGCAGUUUUGGUUCCAGUCUUCCUGUUGACAGACUUCCUGCGCUACAAGCCGGUUCUGGUCCUGCAGAGUCUGAGUCACAUUUCCAUCUGGCUACUGCUGCUUCUGGGCACCACCCUGCUGCAGAUGCAGUUGAUGGAGUUCUUCUACGGCAUCACCAUGGCGGCGCGUGUAGCCUACUCCUCCUACAUCUUCUCACUGGUGCCUUCUGAGUUGUACCAGCGGGUGGCGGGGUACUCGCGCUCUGCGGUCCUGCUUGGUGUCUUUUCCAGCUCAGUGCUGGGCCAGCUAUGUGUAUCUCUGGCCGGCCUGUCCUUCCGGACACUAAGUUCCAUUUCCCUGGCCUUUGUCAGCUUCAGCCUGCUUCUGGCUGUCUCCCUCCCCUGGCCUCAUCGCAGCAUGUACUUCAACAUGGCAAAGUGCGAAGCCAGGCCAAAGCUGGCCCCAGUGAAUCCCGGCAGCCCUGCUCCUGCCUCCGCCUGCUCCCCGCUGUCAUGCUUCAGGAGCUCCAUGCUCUUCCAGAUGCUGAAGGAGCUCCGUAAUGUGGUCAGGGUGCCAGGCCUGCGACUCUGGUGCCUCUGGUGGAUCUUCAAUUCUACUGGGUAUUACCUGGUGCUGUUUUACGCACAUGUCCUGUGGAACAAGGUGUACCCGGCUACUGAGAACACGAAAGUCUACAAUGGUGCGGUGGAGGCAGCCUCUACCCUGCUUGGGGCCAUGACAUCCUUUGUGGCCAGUUUUGUGAAGAUCCGAUGGAGCCUGUGGUCGGAGCUGGUGAUUGGCAUCAUCACGGCCUUGCAGGCCAGCCUGCUGUUUCUUAUGGGCACUACAGACAGUAUUUGGGCCUGCUACAUUGCCUACACACUCUUCAGGGGCUUCUACCAGUUCCUGGUGCCCAUUGCUAUCUUCCAAAUCGCCUCAGCUCUCUCCAAAGAGCUGUGUGCCCUAGUGUUUGGAGUGAACACCUUUCUGGGAACCAUCUUGAAGACCAUCAUCACCAUCAUCGUGGUGGACAAGCGGGGGCUUGGACUGGCUGUUCAUCCCCAGUUCAUGGUUUAUUUUUUUUACUUCGCCCUACUCACCUUGGUCUACUUGACCUGUGCUGCCUGGGUCAUUGCCAAACACAAAUGUGAGUGGAGAGAGGGCAGGGCCACUGCUGAGGCCAUGCCCACUGAGCUGACCCCCAUGGAGACCAUUGCCAUAGACUAAGAUCCACUGCCCAGUGUGCCGAAGAACCGAGACGCCUGGGGAUCCAGUGGAUAGUGAUCUCAAUUGCCUUAAGAGUACUAUUGCCCACAGGAUAUCGCUGAUAAGUUUUUAAGGUUAAUCCUUGAAUAACCUGUAAAAAGCACUGCUCUUGUCAACAGAAACAUAAUCUAAGAGUAGUACAAAGUGUUCAGCUGACAGGUUGAAAUAACUAGAUAGUGUAGUAUAAAAGUGUUAAGGAGUGUUGUGUCUCCUCCUGUUACUUAGUUAUAAAAAUGAAAUCAGAUUAGGUUUAUAAUGCAACAUCUAUGCUUUUGAUGUGUGGGGAUUAAAAUCAGUAAUGAAAGUGACAUUUUGAAUGUUAUUUUAUUGUAGUAUGUUUUACCUUGUGAAUACUUGGAGCUGGCAGUACAGUUCACCUUGCUUGCAUCGGCCGAGAGAAUUUCACAAACCGUGAUACUCAGCACCAUGUACCAAGGACCAUGUACAGUGACAACCCUGAUGCGCAAACUGGAAUCUUUGGCCAAAUUCUAGGUCAUCAUGCUUAUCCAUUUCAUUUGACAGCUGUUGCUAAUAGUACACAUUAGUUGAAUAUAUGUUAUGAGCCAUUGGAGGGACAUUUCUGCUAAUAUUCAAGCUGCUGGCUGAACCUGUACUACUGUAGGUCACCAGAAAUGAGCGAUUAGAAGUAUUCUUAGAGACGGUGUUUGGUUCUGACUUGCUCAGCCCUGAUGAUACAGCAAGUGUCAAAGGACAGUGGACACCUGUACUGAGGUGCCCACUAUAGUGUGAUCGUGCUAUCAGCAGAAAGGUAUAUAUUACUGUGUGAGCAAUUGGAAAGCUGCUGGGUACGCUGACAGAGAGCUUUCUCAAUUUUAUGGUUUUAAAAUGUUUCUGCACUCAUAAAUAACGAACCACUUCUGCUGUUUUUUUUAUAAUUUGGUGUGACAAAUAAAAUAUAUUUUUUCCAGUAAAUCAGAACUUCAGGAGUCUAUUUCAGAUUACCAAACACAGAAAUGUUGUAAACAGAGAGCCUCUGCUCUUGGAUUUAGUGAGUAUGUCACUGCUAUGAGAUGCAGUCUGUGACAGAUGGCUGCAAUAUAUGAACACUGCUUCAUCCAUACACACUUCCACCUUAAUUGUGAAUCUAUACUUAAUAGUGGUGCAACGGAUCACUGUUGAUCCUUGAUCCGAACCGAUCCCCCUCCAUGGUUCGGCACGCACGUGAUCCGAAGAUUCGGGGGAAAAAAGUUCCACCGUAUGGUGCGUGUGGUCAGUCUGUCAAGCGAUGGUCAUGGCCAGCGGUAGCGGUCCAAGUGGAGGAGCAGAGGAGCUCGAGAAACCUCCAGCAUCACUUAAAUCUCAUGUGUGGGAGCAUUUUGGCUUCCCCGUUAAAUAUAUUGAUGGGAAAAGGGUGGUGGAUAAAACCACCACAGUUUGUCGACAGUGUGGCACGAGGAAGCCCUUUGAGACUGGCAACACAUCGGGCAUGGCUGCUCAUUUGAAACGACAUCACCCUUGUGUGACAGGAGCUAAGACAAAGACUGCGCAACAACCGCUGAUAUCCGCGGCAUUUAAGCAGCUCUUUGCUGCCCAAUCCGACCGGGCUAAAGCUAUUACAAAAGCUAUUGGGGUGUUUAUAGCUGUUACAAGCUCACGUCUGCUUUGCUUUCUUUCUUCUUUUUUGAUGAUGUGGACAUAAGCUAGUUUUUGUUUCAUUCUCCAUGUUCAAAGUAAGAAGCAAUGAUACUUUAAACUGCAUUUUAAGUUGUUUUUGAUUGUGUUCACAUUAAAGGAAAUAAUUAUCAUGGCCUACUGUAUAUUGCACCUUAAUUUGUUUUUAUAUAAUUGCAUGGAAUGAGUCUUGAGUUGAAUGUUUUUUAAUGGGCAAAAAAUACUUAAAUAAAUAAAUGGAGAGUUAAA